AAUUACAGAGAGAAAUAGACGAGUGAACAGAAGAUAUGCCAAAUUGAAGUUCAAUCGACUAUUUUGAAGCUUUUUUGGGUUCUCCCAUUUAAUUUCUUUCACUUCAACUCCUUAUAACUUCUUCCAGGAUCUUCUGUUUACGGGAAGAAAAUGUCUCUCCUCAGCUCAUCAUUCUUAGUUUCAGCACCCCAUCAGAGCGUCUCUUCGUCAAAGACAAUUUCAGGGGCAUCCCAACUCUUUCUCUCCACUAAAUUCUCUUCCCUUAACCUAAUCACCACCACCACAAUAACCAAUGUUCCUUACAAAAGGUCGAUAAUUAGAAUGGGUGGUGGUCCAAGAACCUAUCCCGGAGGUGUCUCAAAAUGGCAAUGGAAGCGUAUGCAAGCCAAGAAAUCUAAGCAGCUCCUUAAAGCUCGAUUGGCUCGCGAACGCCAAAUCUAUGAGAUGAGGAAACGGGCCGAGCUGAAAGCUGCUGUCUCUGAGCUUGAGAGGCCUUGGGAAGUGGUUGAAAAGGCACCUACUUUAUUCUCUGUGAGUGCUGAUGAGCAUUUGAGAGUCUUGGCAGAUCGGUUUCAAAAGCCUGGAGGAUUUGAUAUGUGGUCUGACAAAGACGGGCCGGAAUUGUUCAAGCACGAAGAUGGAUUGCCCUCAGCAAGGUUUUUCCCCAAGGGGGUUGUUCAUAGCAUUAAACCUUAUGGAAAAGUUGAGAAUGCUAUUGAUGGUUUUGAUGAACCCUCGAAUCCAGGUUCCGACUCUCAGAGUGAAAGUGAUAGGAAGGUAAGAAAGAAGAGAAACAAGCGUGAGCAAAAUUCGAUAAAACCAAGAACUGGAUCCAAUAGUAAAAGAAAUGAGGGUUAUUUGGAUAUGGAAGAUUCUGAUAAAGUGUCAAUAGAUGGCAACAAUAAGUUCAGGAAGAACACAAAUCGGAGUAAGUUGUCUGGUCAUGCUGAAAAAUUUAGUUCAGCGGAAGCUGCAAGGUCUAGAGUAAAGAAUAAGAGUAAUAGACCAGUAGAUAGUGAUGGAGAGGGUGGAAGGUUUAAUCUGGUAGACCUGUUUGAUGAUUCAGAAUCUCCCGUGUUUGAAUUGUUUUUGCAAAAUGAUGGGAGUUAUGAGCUUCAACCAGAAAAUUAAGAGUUCUGAUGUAGACAAGCUCAAAUUUGGUAGAAAGAGUGUGUAAAUCAUCGUUGUUCAUAGGUAUACUUUAGCAUCUUUAAUUAUUCACUGAUUAAAUCUAGACUGGAAACUAGUAAGAACUGUGAGUUCAGCACGUGAAGUGUGAACUGGGGAUGGAACUUUUGUAGAAUUCAAAACAUAUAAAUUUAUCUUGAAGCUGAUGUU